UUUGCACCAAACUAGACCAGCAGCUGCAAGCAACUGAAAUCCAUCCAGCCUUCAUGAUGUUUUCCCUGAGCAGAAAUGUACUCCGUGGUCUCAAGAUUAGGAGAAUUCAAGAAAUAAUGGCAAGGCAGAGUCACCAGAAGCACUCACCAGAUUUUCAUGAUAAAUUUGGUAAUAGCAUUUUAGCCAGUGGAGUGGCUUUCUGUUUUGCCUCAUGGGUGUUUGUUUGCACACAGAUUGGAAUAGAAUGGAACCUGUCCCCUGUGGGCAGAGUCACUCCAAAGGAAUGGAGAGAGAAUUAACCCUCAUAUCUGUUGUAUUUCCAAAUUGUUUCAAAACUUGUUUUCUAACCAUUGUGUUGCUUAUUAAAAUAUGGCAUUGUUAAAGAAA